UUCGCCGCCUAAGCAAGAGCCGCUGCUGCUCUCCUCCUCUUUCUCUAUACACAUGUGUAACGAGAUACGAUUCGGAGUCGAGAGGAGCCGUAUUUUACUCUUGUUUCAUUAAAGUCUUUCCUUGAAAGGCCAGUGCACAGUGACUCCGAUAUUACAUUAUAACAAUCAUUUAUACGAAGUGCGAAUAAUAUUUACGUGCCGCGUUCAGUGCGACACGAACGAAGCGUCGAUGCUCUUCGUGACGAAUUAAAGAGCCGUUACAGCCGCGGAGAUAACAACGCGCAGAGAGGAGAGCCUCGAGCUCGUAAAGAAGCAGCAGCAUUCAAGGCGGCGAGACGAGCAAACGACGUCGAAAAAAUGCCAGGACACCGUCAGCCAAGCAGCUUGGAAUGCCUGAGCUUGCAGAAGGUCUGCCAGGUCCUCGACGGGACGUGCCGCCGACUGCAGGUGCGCUCGCAGCAGUCGUCCGUCGCGCAAGUGCUCGAGUACGCCCAGCGCAAGAUCCGACCGUACUACGCCCAGGCGCUGACGGCCCGGCUGCGCUCGCAGGUGAUCGAGGAGACGUCGCGCAUGCUCUACGGGCCGUCGAGCGACGGCACCACCCUCAUAUCCGGCCCGGCGCCCCUCUACCUGCUGGCGCUGCUCCUCGAGCACGACAUACGCCGGCUCAAGGUGAAUCUCUGCUGCUACUACGGCUGCAGCCAUCAGACGUCGCUGCUGCAGCUGCUGGCGCGCGAGGGCAAGGGCCUGGAGUCGCUCGAGCUCGCACGCUCGGCCCUGCUCAGACUCGACUGCAAGCUCUUGAAGACGGCCCUGCACAGCAUGGAGAAUCUGCAGCGGCUGACGCUGCGAAACAUCGCCAGCGACUCGGUGCUCCAGGUGAUCGGCAAGGCCUGCCCGAGGCUCGUCGUGCUCGACGUGGCCUGCUCGCGCCAGGUCACCGACAAGGGCCUCGAGAAGCUGCUCGUCUACGUGGAGUACCGCAACAAAACCAUGGAGCAGGAGGAGGCCAUGUUCCCGCGUAGCCACCGAUCGACCAGUUGGCUGCGCUUCAAGGCCUUCGUGGCGAAGCUCAAGCCGCGCAAGUCGUCCCGAUUCAAGGACUCGGUGCUGCUGGACAAGCUCGAGACGCGGAAUCCGCUCUGCGACACGCUGCGGGUGCUCAACGUGGCCAACACGGGCAUCACGAGCGCCGGCGUGCUGCUGGCCCUGGUGCACGUGCCCCAGCUCGAGUCGCUGGCCGAGUACUCGCACAUGGGCCGCGUCGUCGAGAUGAUGAACCGCGGCAGUCUGCUCGACUUCAAGCAGCCGUUCAGCCUGACGUCGGCGCGCAGCUGCCGGACCACCCCGACGAGGCUGGAGUUGCUGGCGCAGGCCUGUCCGCGCGUCGAGAAGCUGCACAUCUCCGAGCCGCAUCAUCCGCCCGACGCGCUCAGGCUGUUCCCGUACGUCACGUCGCUCAGCGUCCACGGCAUACCCGUGCAGAAGGAGUGGCUCGACGGCUUCUACGGCUAUCUGCGCACCAACGGCCCGCUGCUCAAGCAGCUGCACAUGCGGGUGGAGCAGAGCGACAAGCCGCUGGACAUCGAUCUGCGACUGAUACUCUCGAGCUGUCCGAAUCUGCGGGUCUUCUCCAAGGACGGCUCGAACGUCGUCUGGUCGACGAGUCAGCAGGCCGCCGAUCCACCGCCUCUGAAGUACCUCAGGAGCGUCCAGCUCGGCCGGACCGUCUCGGCCCUGGCGAUCACGAAGAUCUUGGCUCUCUGCCCGGAGCUGAGCUCGCUGCACGUGCACAGCUGCUUCGACCUGACCAACGAGCAGCUGGAAAUUUUCCUGGGCGAGCCUUCGGUAAAGUCAACGUCGUCGUCGACGUCGUACGGUGCCGCAGGUCUGUCGCUGCAUCAGCUCCUGCCCCAGUACGAGCUCAACAACAGCUUGGUGAGGAACCUCGAGUGCUUCUACAUCUACGAGGCGAGCAAGAUCUCGGCCUCCACGGUGCUGAGCAUGUUCAAGAGCUGCGGCAAGCUGCGGAAAAUCGGCAAUCUCGCCAACUGGGGCCUCGACUGCGAGGGCGUGCAGACCCUCAGGAACACCUUCGUCAAGGCCAAUCUCGACGUCGACCUGUGUCCCGGCUCGCACUGGUUUUGGAACGAUUGCAUCCGAUAGGAGCGACGAUAAUAACGUCGUAUACUGCUUUUCCACGCACACACGACAUACGCGCUCGAGAUAUAAUAACACAGGCCUACUGUACGCGAAAACUUUCACGAGCGAAAGUUUACGAGGCUCUGCGAAUGAGAGAGCUUUUGGCGCUGCGAAAGAUUCGUCGUCGACGUUUCGACGGCGAGGAAACAAUAAUAGCACGAGGGGGGCGCGGUCCGUCAUCAUCGCCUUCCACCCGACCAAUUCGAUCGCGAUCACAGUAUUAAACGCAUAGCGCCAGAUUAACGAUGAGCCAUGCAAUUACAGCCGAUGCGCACUCGUGCAUUUACACAACGUAAUAAUGUUAAUAAUAAUUAUAAUAAUACCAUCGCGAAUGGUACAGUGAUAUAUAUUUGUAUUUUUAGAAGUUAGAAAACAACACAUUCACACGAGUUCAGAUGGGCCAUAUACCGUGUGACCUAUGUUUAACUCGAGCUAUAUAAUAAAUAACAAUUCAUCAUGUAAGAUGCGUUUUUCUAAUAUGCUUUCUCUGCUGGGACACUUUUAAAGAAAAAGAAAAUCGAAAGUGCCCAAGUCAUGUAUUCGUAUUGUUCGUUCAACGAUUUGUAAUUUAAGCAUCAUUGAGCCUCUUGGAGUAUGGGCCAAUAUUAUCGUUAUUGUUUAAAUGUCAUUAUUUAAUCUCGUAAUUGAAUGCACACUUUAUUUGCGCCAAGAAAAUAAUAUAUAUGCUUUAAUUCGCUGUAGUGUCCAAAAUAUAUGCAGUACCAGCUGGAAUAAAGCAAUCAUGUAUUUCAUCGUACUAUUGUAUACGUGUAUGAAAAUUAUUUCAUAGAUUAAAAUAUCAUCGAAUUGUUAUUAGAUGUAAGAAAUGGCGAUUGUAAUCAACUAAUAUAAUAAUUUUUUGCAUUUAUAUUUGAUUAGUCAAGAGGAAAAAAAAUAUCGA